AGUUACUUUGUUUGAUAAAGAUGGUUUCUUCAUUAUCUGAGAACGUUUCCACAUUGAUAGACCUACUCCAUUGCUUUCUCCACAGUUAGAUAGGUUGAUGGUAUUCAUGUCAAUAUGACAAUUAAAAUAUCUUUUAAUAUACUAUAUGUACAUGGCGGCAAAGCGAUUAUCCAAAAUGUCCAUGUUAUUUUCCCAUUGGAAAAAAUUACAUGGGCAUGGAUCUCCUUGCAUGGGCAAAGAUGGUAACUUUUGUUGGUAAACUCCAGAGGUCUAUGAAGUCGCCAUGCACAUGCCACCCAUCCGAUGUGAAUGUGGCAUAACCUGUUUGUCUAUGAAUAGGUGGAAUCUUUUAAUUGGAUGCCAAAAUGAAAGCUGACAAGUUUUCCAAGAAAGCAUACCAACUUACACACAUUUAGUAUGAUUAGAAUGUGGUGAGGGGGUGGAGAGCAGAGAGCAUAACUACAGUUUUGACUAAUCUUGGCACGAAUUAAAGACCUCUUCUACAAAAAAUUAAGACUGAAAUUUCAUUGUGUUUCAGACAUAAACUUGGCCUAUACUGUGGAAUUCUCCAGGUUGAAGAGUUAUAUCCUUGUCAAGUUAGUAGGAUGGCUUCACGUGGUCUGACUGUAACGGAAUCUCAGGACUUUCCUGAUAUUGAGAUCAAGUGGUCUGAUAAGGUGACAUUAGGGGAGAGUGCUAGAAAUCAGAUGGAUAAGAAGAAAAGGGACAGAGAAAGAGAAUGCAUUUUGUAUGGGAUUUGUGCUCUUCUGAACUCUGGAGGAGGAGUUUUCACUUUGGAUAUUGCCAACUCAUACAACUAUAGAAGAGAGGGAAGGGGAUUAGAUAUUGAACAGCAUCUGCUAGACUUAGUGGGUUCCCCUUUUGAAGAUAUGAUUGAAUGUAUCCCUCAAGGUGACAAAGUUCAUAUCUAUGUUAGGUCAUGGCAUUGUGGUUCCAAUAGAUCAAGACUUUGCAGCAUUGAUACUGGUUUACGUGAAAGAGCAGGGUCAACAGUUAAUCAUGUUAGUCCCAGAGAUGUGUCUGAGUUCUUGAGUAAGAGAAAGGACAGGGCUAACAGGAAUCGAGAUGGAUAUGAACCACGGACAAGCAAUGACAUAAUAAAGAAUUGUGCUGAGAAAUUCUAUAUGAAGGACUCGGUGGAAAAAGGUAAAUGUUUAGAAUUUGGGGAAAGUACGAAUGUAGAAUUAAAAGAAUUUCGAGGUCAAAUUUUCACCGACAAGUUUCAGGGAGAAGUUAGCAGCAGUGAGAAUCUCAUCAAGAGGCUUAAGGAAGUCGUUCCUAAAAUGAUAUCGGCUUUUGCAAAUACAGAUGGUGGUUUCUUGUUUAAUGGCAUAAAUGACAAAAGUAAAGAAGUUACUGGGUGUGGUAGUGGGAUUGAUGCAGGGAAAUUGCUCAUUAAGGUUAAAGAUGUGUGCAAAAAGGCAAAGGCCAUUCAUACCUCUGACUGCAACAAGGAUGCAAGCUGGUCUCCAGAGUGUAGACUUAUCAAAGUCACAGCACAGGAAUCCUCAGAAGCUGAUGCAUAUGUAGUGGCCAUCAAGAUUCCAGUAUUUUGCUGUGCUGUCUUUGAAAAAGAUCCAAACUCAUUGCACAUUGAGGGAGGCAUGGUUUGUAGACUGGGAGCUACUGUGUGGAUGAAGAAAAUGCAGCUCUCAGACCCAGAUGCAGACCUGUCUAAACGCUUUCUGAAUGUGCUGAGUCUACGAGACGCCCCACCUCAGUGUAAAUCAGUGUACAGCAUCGAGAUGUUGACACACCUACAGGAGAAACUUUUCCCUGUCCCAACGAAUAAUAUCGAGGUGAUGCCAGAUGCCUUUAAAAACAAGCCCCUCUCCAAUGCCAUCCUUAUUGCCAACUCUUCAAAGAGUCCGGGAAUUUGCAUUUUCUCCCCAAGCUGGGCAGUUGAUAUAGAUCUCCCCAAGAAUAAAGACGUCAUUCGUGAGGCUCUGAUCAUCAGCACAGGCAGUUAUCCCACUCUCUGCUGUGUGGUUAAAACGGAUGGUCCUGAUUUGUGGAAAUAUGCAACCAAUACAGCAUUCCACCUGAAGCAGAAGCUGGUGAACGUGGGAGGCUAUACAGGCAAACUCUGUGUAAUCCCCCAACUGGUGAACAGCCAGAACUGGACAGUGCUGAAUCACCCCUCAAUAUACCCCAAUAGUUACAGACUGAACCAGGAAAAAGACGUGAAAGCCCUUCUCCGCUCCUUGGUGAUUGUGGUGAUGAGUUUCACCUCCCCAUUAAGUGAUGAAAUUGGCUGUGAGUUCCUUAAUUUGCUAACAGAAGAACAGUUUAAAAUUCUUCAGACCUAUGGUGCAAUCAAGAAUAACUUCAUUCAUGGUGUGCCUGGAUCUGGGAAGACAUUGAUUGCUAUGGUGCUCAUAAGAAGGAUCAAGAACUUGUAUUGCUGCGAGGAAAAAAAUAUCCUUUACCUUUGUGAAAAUUUUGGAUUGAGAAGCUUCAUGAGAGAGCAAAACAUCUGCCAAUGUGAGACAAGAGUAAAGUUUUUGGAUAAACACACGGAUUUCUCGGCGGUAAAACACAUCAUUGUGGAUGAAGCCCAGAACUUUCGUGUGGAAGAAGGGGAAAGCAACUGGUAUGAGAAGGCAUUGAAGCUGAGAGGAGCGGAUGGGAUGUUCUGGGUUUUUCUGGACUACUACCAGAAAUGCCAUGAUUUUCCAGAUGGUCUUCCACCGCUUUCAAACCAACACCAAGCUAUCUUGUGCAAAGUUGUUCGUAAUUCUGCAAAUGUCCUGAAAGCUAUGCAGUGUCAAAUGCAUAGGAUCAUGAAGGGCCCACAAUCUGAGGUAACGCAACAUUUAAAAAACAUACAGUUUAACAGUGAAAGGGCACUGCACCACUCAUUCCAGGGCUCCUGUACCACCAAAGAAGUGGCCCCUGACAAGGUGGUGAAAUGUGUGACCAAGAUCCUGGAGCGUCUCCUCGACAAGGGCCACACUGCUGGAGACAUCGCUGUGCUUUUUUCAACCCAGGAGCAGCUGACUGAAGAAAAAGACAAACUGACUACACAAUUCCCCUUAUUCAGGAGUGUCGAGAAGAUUAGUCAGACAGUGAUGGUGGAUUCUGUCUGCAGGUUCUCAGGUCUGGAACGGAACAUUGUGAUUUUGGUCAAUCCCUCAGAGUCUGUCCAUCCUCGUUUAAAACAUCUUAAGCCUAACCUUCUUAUUUCUGCUUAUUCCAGAGCAAGGAUCGAGUUAUAUGUUGUUAAGUCUAAAGAAAGUGUGUGGUUGUGCAGGUGUCCCACAAUGUUUCUGUCCUAGUCACACAAGUGAUAUUAUGGACAGUAUAAAAAAGUGAACGAGGUUUUUUUUUUUGUAUUACUGUAGCCUACCUACUAUUGCCUCACAUUUUGUCAGCUGAAAAUUAUUAACAUCCAUUGGUCUAUAUGCAUAAAUCUAUAUUGACGUGACAGAUCUGCCAGAACAAAUGCAAUGAGUUCUAAGAUUUGUCUUGUUCCCUGGCUAUCCAUGUACAUCUUCAGGGUUAGUCAUUUAGAAGUUUAAGGAAUAUGAUAUGGUUACUGUCUGAGAAUUAUGCCUAUAUAUCUGUUUGUUCUUCUACUUUACUUUACUUAAUGCUAUAUUUUAGCAUCCAACAUUAUCUUUGUGAAUCUUUGAAAUAAAUGGAAACCAA